AUGGUCGCCUUCGGCGCCGCGACCGGGUCCAUCGCGGGCGCGCUCGUCGUCCUCGAGCGCGGCACCACCUCCCUGGGCGUCAUGUCCACGACGUGUAAGUCCGUCGUCGUCGCGUGCACGCCCCUCGGCGCGCUCGUCGGCGCGCUCCUCGCGUCCGUCGCGUCGAGAUCCGGUCUCGGUCGACGCGAUUCGUUGCUCCUCAACGACCUCCUCUACCUCCUCGGCGCCGCCGCGAUGGCGCUCUCGAGCAGCUUCGCGUGGCUGACCGCGGGACGGUUCGUCGUCGGCCUCGCCGUGGGCGUCUCCACGAGCGUGUGCACGAUGUACGUGAGCGAGUGCGCGCCGGCGAGGACGCGCGGGCGCCUCGCCGCGUCGGCGCCGUUGGCGGGCACCGUCGGCAUCCUCGCGUCGUACGUCCUCUCGCUCGCGUGUUUUCUCCGGUGGCCGCGCGAGGGGUGGCGCGUCGCGAUCGCGUUGUGCGCGGUCCCCGCGGCGGCGCAGUUGGCGCUGCGGAGGGCGAUGGUGGAGUCCCCGCGUUGGCUCGCGGCGCGCGGGAGGGACGAGGAGUCGGUCGCGGCGCUCGCGACACUCGGGCAGCCGCCGCUGCGGUACGCGCGCGCGACGUCCGUCGCGGUCGGGAUGAACCUCCUGCAGCAGCUCUGCGGGAUCAACGUCGUCGUGUACUACGCCCCCUCGGUGUUGUCGUCGCUGGGGUUCACCGCCGCGGGGAGCAUCGCGGUGACGGUCGCGAUCGGGGUGUUACAGAUCGUCGCCGGGUUCGCGACGUCGAGAGCCGUGGACGCGGUCGGCCGUCGCGUCGUCGCGCGCAGAGGGAUACUCGGCGUCGGCGCGGGACUCUCGCUGCUCGCGGUCGGCGGGCACCUGAGCGGCGGCGGCGGCGCGGCGGCGGCGGCGGGUCCGUGGGUCGCCGUCCUCGGCGUCUUCGUCUUCCGCGUCGCCUUCUCCACGUCCCUGGGGCCGCUGCCCUACGUGAUAUCGUCCGAGGUGUUCCCGAACGACGCGCGCGCGGCGGGCGUGUCGUUCGCGACCGCCGCGAACUGGCUCGCGAACGCCGUCGUGUCCGGGUCGUUCCCCGCGAUGGUGUCGUCGCUCGGCGUGAACGGCGUGUGGGGGGCGUACUUGCUCGCGGUGGUGCCCGCGUACGUCGCGACGAGAGCGGCGCUGCCGGAGACGCGAGGGACGGAGCUCGAGGACGUGGGAGAAGAAGAGAAGCGCGCGACGGCGACGGGGCGACGGUCGCGCGACGACGAACGAGUUUGA